CACCGGGGCUACAGUUGAUAUCCAGACAUCGCAUUAAGAGGUCGCCAACUACUUCACACUGUGUUUUGUUUUGUCUCCGUGAUAAAUGUAUUAAGCAUGACAAUAAAGUGGUCGUGGGUGCUGGUCGCGCUCGCAGUCGCCAGCGCGAGCGGCGAACGAGAGCGCAGAGGUUCGUCCCUGCGCGGCGCUCUGGAGGCUCUCCAGAGGCGACAACGGGGACGCAGCCAUGGCCCGAUAAUGCCUCCGCCUGACUACGAAGACAUCUACGAGUAUCUGCCGCCACACGCAUAUCCAGAAAACGACUACGUUCUAGACACUGAAGAUACGGGAGAGGAGAAUGCUCCUAAAUACAUCUUUGAACUUUUGGAUGAUGAAAACGAACGCUCCCCAGAAGGUGCCUACGAAUAUAAAGUAAUCAAAAAGAAAACCCAUCCUAAUUCACUGAAAAAAGAAUCGGCGUUCCGUGAAAGGACCCAAAACUCCGAUAAUGACAUGCUACGGAACAUAUUUAUGAAUCCGAAUGAUCAGGACGAUAAAAUGCAAGAUAGAGUUGAGAAUGAUGCUGAAUAUGCGCUCCUUUUAAAUCAACUGUGGUCCAAAUAUAAACAAAACAAUAACAACAUGCGAGCUGAUAACACAGACGCGCCCCAAGGUGUAGUCAAAUUGUAUAAGGAAAAAGUUGUCAAAAAAAGAUACCCCGACAACUGGGGGCCCAUUGCAUUUAAAAAGAAACGUAGUUCCGAAAUAGAAGACGAGCGAUUAAAUUAUGAAGAUAACAAAAACCGUGCUAAUGUAAAUAAUAAUUACAAUGCAUAUGACUUAGCCGAUAAUGAUAACAACGACAUGCAAGAAGAGUAUGCAAUCGCUUUUCAACCAAUAGACGAUGACAGGCUAUCCGAAAUUUUAGAUGAUGAUCAGUAUCCAUAUGAUGCAAUUGAAAAACGCUUUCCAGUCACGAAGCGUAGCAGCGGACCCUACAUAAGCCCUCAACAGAAAAGGUUUGCGCUCAAUCAGAGUAAACGAGAUGUACCAAAAAACUUUAGAAGUAACAUUGGAACCGAUCCAAAAGUUUUAAGAGAUCUAUCUAAAAUAUUCGGUGAACCUGAGUCUGAAAUCAUUAAAAACCCAGUAAAAAGGAGCAGCGAUGAUGGUGAAACCUCUCAUGAGAUUAAACCACCUAACCUCACCAUUUUAAGUCACAAUGACACCCACCAGCACAAUGUUACGCAAGAUGAAGAGGAUAGUCAUGAACAACAUAGCCACCCAAUUCAUCAUCCGGGUUCAUCUGGAAAGGAAAUUGAACAUGAUUCCGGUCAUGAUCAUCAUUUCGACCACGACCAUGAUCACGACCACGCUCAUAAUCAUGAUCACAGCCACGGUCACGCCAAAAGUCAUGUCCACGAUCACGACCAUGAUCACAGCCAUGAUCAUCAUCAUGAAAACGAGAAAGCUGAAAAACCUUUGAACAUCAAAAAGAAAUCCAUAGACUGGUCUGAUUAUUUUGGAGUUGAUAAGCGGUUCAAGAAAUCUGUUUCAUUUGUUAAUGAUUUAAAUCAAGAUAGACUCAGGAAACAGUACUUCGAUACAUUUAACAGGGAAGUCAUCAAUCCUGUGAGCUCUUUUCGUAAACACACAAACGUAAAGAGAAACUUUAUUCAACCAAAACCAAAUGAAGAAACAGAAAUUCAAAUAGAUCAUACACAGGCUGUCGCCGUUCGUAAUGACAAUAAGCGAAACACUGCUUUAGACAAUGAUUCUAAACUAGACAAUAUUGACAGAAAAUUGCGAAAUAUGGAAGGUCUGAUAGUGGACGAAGCUUUACACUAUUCUAAUGUUGGCGAAAAACUAGAUUCAAAAGAGGAACAAGAAAUGAAAGAAAAAUUACUGUCUCGCUUGGCCGCAGCUUACAGUUUAGAGAAAAUGAGAAAAGCUUUAAAAGAAUUUAAGCAAAGUUUGCAAACUCAGAAAGCAAUAAAUAUGAAACUGUCAACCGGUAAUGAUGAAACGAAAAGUAAAAGGGUUGCAGUAAAAAAGGAGAAGGCUAUGUCUACUACCAAUGAUGUUGCCAACUAUCUUAAAGACGACGAUAAAAUUGAUGAUUUCCAAGACGAACAAGGUGCUGGUCAUUAUGUGAAUGGCAAAAUCGAAGAACAGCUUUCGGAAGGCUAUAUGGGUGGCAGUGGACGACAUCGUACACCAAUCAUGUCUAAUGUUGAUUCGACAGGUCCAUGUCCGGUUCUUUCAAAGAUUAUUCAAAGGUGCCGUGGUGUUGAUUUAUUGGCCGGAGAUCGAGGACAGCUCUUCCUAACUCAUUGCAGUCUACAUCAAAUCUGCUACUUAUGCGGCGAAGCGGCGCCGACGACUUGCGAUUUAGUUUUCUUAUCCGAAGCUGAUACAACUUGUGAAGGCGACAUGAAUUGCCAACGUGCGGCGCGCUCCACUUUAAUGGCCCUCCGGGAGCUGCAUGACAACCUCACCGAUGAACUUGACGGAGAAUGCGAGGCCAGCCCUUGCCUUGCGGCAACUUUAAAACUAAACAAUGGUUGGCAAAGAGGACUCCGACAAGGUACGAAGUGCCGAACAACAGUAACGAUAAACCAUUCCGGUAAUGUAUUAGCAAACAAAACUGUUGGUAAGAAAAUAACUGUUAUGGAGACGACAAAUACUGAAAGAAAUCUUGAAGGAAUCGACAAUCCCACUGCUACUCAAGAUGACGGUAACAAAUUAAGGCCAGAUCUUGUUAUAAGCGUACAGCCACAGUCAGAAGCACAAGAAAGCGGUCGCGCUGAAUUACCCGUGUCCACUAUGAACUGGCAUUCCCAUAGUGGUGGCCAAUUUAUUCCUAUGCAUGGACUUGACUUCCUAAUCGGCACCUCCAGCCUUGUUAUACAACAAACUGUCGAGCUUAACGAUCUUACAUCAAAAAUCGAUUCUGAAAAUCGAUAUAUUAUUCGAGUGCCAAACGGCGAAGCGCUAUACUUCGCUAGUGAGGUGUCGACGUCAACACAGCGAUGUCUUUGCGGCACGGGGCGGGCGUUCGUCAUGCAUCUACAUGAUAAUACACGCCAGGAGGCUAUGGUGCUCAAGCGACGGCUAGCUGGGGCUUCCUGCUUCUUCCCUUGUAGGCUACAAGAGAUGAAAGUUGUAACACCUCCGGGCAACUACGUGGGUCGCGUGCACCAGCAGUGGUCUUGGAUGGUGCCAUUCUACCUGGUGCGUGACGCCGACGACUGCGUUCUUUUCGUCAUUGAAGGUCCCGCCUCCUUAAAGAGGAGCGCGCUUAUGUUGUCGGAAUUUAAGAUAAUGUCAGGAGAUUCGUUGCGUGAAAUGGGAAAGAUAACUCACGGUUGGGAUCGUGAGUUGGUGAAUUUUACAACUACCCUCGUGUUUCCGGAGACUGCAGUGCAACCCAAACACAAGGCACUCUUGCUCGCUGCUGCUUUCUUGAUGGAAUACACUUACUUUGAAAGGGCUAAGUCAAGUUGUAUGCGAUUCAACUGCUUUUAAAAGUCUUUUAAGUAUAAACGA